GACUACAGAUCAAGCUUGUCUUGCUGAAAUAAAAUUGGAAGAAGGAGGCGGAAGGGAAGGGGAAUACAAGGAGCAAUUAAAGCAAGGAGACUGAAGAGAAAGGGAUGAUAGCACCUGCUGGGGCCGCGCGGGAAUUUAAAGCCGUGGGAAAGGAGAAGUUUGCACUGCGAAGCUGUGUGCUCGACCAAGUUAACAUGAAGUACCACUGUUAUCUUUGAUCUGGGAACUCCGUGAGCUCUGAAAAAUGUCACUCUCUCAGAUGGUAUUGGUGAAAUUCCAGUAUGAGUACACCACUCAAGAUGGCAAGCAGGUGUCCAUUAAACCCAAUGAGCGCUAUGUCCUGGUGGCGAAGACCAAUGACCACUGGUGGCAUGUGCGCCAAGAGAAGGAAGCAGAGCCUUUCUUCAUUCCAGCCGAGUAUGUGAUGGAGUUGCCCCUCGAUAGUGACUGCAUGCCCUUUACUCCCAUUGGUCUCCUCACACCUCCAUCUGAGUGGGGUGGGAAGAACCUUCCAGAACCAGUACCACUAGACGCGCAGGAGGCUUUGGGCAUGACGCACAGCAUUCUGUGCAGCGUGAAGAAGGACACAGAGAAGGACGGACACAGGAUGUCAACGUUCGUGAGCCCAGAGGGCCUGUACACAUGUGGGCUUCUUGAGCCAGAACUGGUGAAGGCUAGUGCCGAGCCUCGUGACUCAUGUGAAGAUGUAGCGCAGGUGGAUGCAGGUGGGAGCCCAUUGCCUCCUCCAAUUGAAGAGGACAGGCCAUUCACCAUCUCCCCACCCGACACCUUUGCUACCGGCUCCCCCAGCACCACAGAGCCUGCUUCGGCUCACAGCGUCAACUCGCUGACCAAAAGUCCCUCAUUAGACCUAAACUCUGAUAUUCAAAUGCUUAUUAGGCCCGGCUGGGAUCUGAAAAUGUGGAACCUCAAAGAAGACAGUGUAAGUGAGUCUACAGAUACGGUUAAGGAAUCUGGAGUGGAGGGAAGUAAAGACAGUGAGGCUGAGGCUACGCCGGCUUCCCCAGUACCUCUUUCAGCUACGCCAGCCAUGCCAGCUUCGGAGCAGGAGCAGAGUCAUGGAGCUGCCCCUGUUGUGCCUGACUGGUUCCCAAAUCGCGUUGAGGAUGAUGACCUGUCAGCGGUUUACGUAAACGUUCCCAGGAUCCACCGCAGCGUCUCCACCACCCCCUCAGGCCUCUCCUCCUCCUGGGGGGCCUCAGACACGCCAAACCCUCCCUGCUCCCCUGACGUGCUGUGCCUUGGCCCUGUGGAAUGGGAGGCGCACACUGACCGGGAGAGCGGACGUCCAUUCUAUUAUCACCCCGCCACUGGACGCAGCACGUGGGACCCUCCUCUCAGCCGGCCCAUGGAGCCUGAGUCUGCGGUGACAGAAGAGCUCCCCUCGUCUCCGUCACCAGCCUGCUCGCCGGCGGGGCCCUCCCCCCUUUGCCUGGCAUCUGGCUGGGAGCAGCUGUUGGACGAGAGCACCGGCAGGCACUAUUUCUUCAACCCUGUCUCUGGGGAAAGCUCCUGGGAUCCACCGGAGGAACAGCUGGGGCGAUGUAACAGCCUCCGUGAUGGUGAACCGCCCCCUCUCCCCGAGGAAGACUACCCUGCUGAAGAAGACUUCUCAGCAUCACUGGGGCAGGAAGACCCUGGUUCGCCUUCAUCUUUCUCCCUGAGCUCAGAGUACUCUCUGGCACACGUGAAGAAGGCGUUCAUCCCGCGGGCGUGUUUGGAUCGAAACGCCCCGCCAGGCUGGCACCUCAGUGUAGACACAGACGGAGCCUGGGUUUUCACCAGCGAAUACACUCAGGAGCAGUGGAUCAAAUCACUGGAUGAGCGGGGACAGACAUACUACUACCUGAGAGAUGGCUCCAAGUCCCAGUGGAACUUACCCGAGCUUACUGCAGACAUGGGACAGUAUCAUGGGGCCGACCGAAGACCACUGGAGCGGGAUGGGCUUGGAGUGUUGAGGACCUGGAGAAACAGUACGGGAUCUCAGGAUGAGAAAUUUUCCCUAAGUCAUCGCAGGAAUGCUUCUGAUAGUGACAUAUCCAGCUCUCCAGAAAUGCUGCAUAAUGUUUCUUUGUUGAAGCCUGAUGGAACUGAGUCUGACAAGAACCUUUCAGAUCAGAACUCAGAAUCUCAGCAACAGAAAGUGUCAAAUUUGGAGAAAGCUGGAAUCCUUAACAAGACCAAGAUAUCUGAAAAUGGGAAAAAAGUAAGAAAGAACUGGGGUCAUUCUUGGACAGUUCUCCAUGGAGGGAUUCUGACGUUCCACAAAGACCCAAAGUCCGCCCCAGGUGGAGCAUCGAGCAGGACCAAUCAGAUUGUCCCUGAGUACACUGUGGAUUUAAGAGGAGCAACUAUUGGAUGGGCUGCCAAGGAAAAGUCCAGCAAGAAAAAUGUGCUCGAGCUGAAGAGUCGGGCUGGUGCAGAGUUCUUGAUUCAGUAUGACACUGAUACCAUCAUCAAUGACUGGCACAAAGUCAUCAUAGAUACUAUUCGCCUGCUGGACAUGGAGCACCACCACUCUGAGGAUGAAGAGGAGAUCAGUGAGAAGUCUUCCAGCAUAGACAAGGAGGACCGAUCAGGUGUCUUCAUAGACAAGCAAAGAAUGAGCAAUGCUGGGCGACAUUUUUCUUCCAACUCCACAACCGAGGCAGACCCAAAAAAGGUUCGCAGCAAGCUCCGCAAGUUUCUCCUCAAGAGGCCCACGCUACAGUCAGUCAAAGACAAGGGCUACAUCAGAGAAAAUGUGUUCGGCUGUCACCUGCAAACUCUCUGUGCCCAAGAGAAACGAACAGUGCCUACCUUUGUUGAGAAGUGCAUCUGGACAGUAGAGAGAAGAGGUUUGGGGGUUGAUGGAAUCUACAGAGUGAGUGGGAACUUGGCCAUUAUUCAGAAACUGCGUUUCAAGGCUGAUCAUGAGGAUCUGAAUCUGGAGGAGGGCCACUGGGACAUCCAUGUGAUCACUGGGGCGCUGAAGCUCUUCUUCCGGGAACUGCAGGAGCCCCUCUUCCCCUACAGCCACUUUAACAGCUUCGUGCAGGGCAUCAAAAUUCCAGACUACAACAGCAGAGUAUCCUAUAUGAGUGAUCUGGUGAAGUCUUUACCGGUGCCCAAUCAUGACACCAUGGAGGCGCUGUUCAGCCAUUUAAGGAAAGUCAUUGAACAUGGUGAGGAAAACAGGAUGACUGUGCAGAAUGUGGCCAUUGUUUUUGGCCCAACAUUGCUCAAGCCAGAAGUGGAGUCGGCAAACCUAACCAUGUACAUGGUUUUCCAGAACCAGAUCAUUGAGUUCAUCCUAAAUGAGUUCGAGACCAUCUUCCACAUGUGAACACCUAUGAAUCAGAGACAAUGUCUGUCAUAGGUCAAACAGUUAAGGAUUACGUCAAAUGUUUUGAGUGGAAAAUCGAGAAGCAAUUGUAAAAUGUUCUUCAGGUAGCAUUUAUCCUAUUUCUGCUGAUCUUUUAAUUUCCUCCACGAAACAGGAAUAUUUAAUCUAAAAUUCUAAUAUUGCUAAGUGGGUGAGGCUCAGCACUAUGUGGAUGGUAUAUUGCUAACAUCUUCCCCCUUUACAUUUGCUUUCCUGUUAUCAUUAGCUAUGUUAGAAUUUUGGGUCAAGUAUUCUUUAAAUACCAACAAAGAUGAUCUCAGUUUAACAGAAUGGGAACACUUGCUGCCAGUACCUUGAAUGGUAUACAGUAUAGAAAAACAACAUGAGUUAGUUUGAAAAAGACAAAAUAUAGAUCUUAAAAUUACACAUUAGAAGAAGAUUUUAAAUUAAUAUAGAGGAAGGAUUCAAUUUAAAAUCCAAUUGAAAAGUGUAGUUGACAUUUUGGCUUCAGUCAGGGAACAACUCGAGCAGUUUUUCCCUGACUGUUCUUUUCAGGCCCCAUCAGUUGUGCUUACUUGUUUACAAGUCUGUCUCAAAUCCCUAAGGCUAACUAAUUAAUUAUACUUCUGUGUGCUGUUUGUUGUUACAGCCAUGUUGCAUUUACAGUGCUGCUUGAGAUAGAGAAGGACCCUUCUCCAUGGCUGAAAUAGUCAAACCCAGAAACCCUCAUGCAAGCAGUAGUUUGAGGCAGAACCUAAUUUUCUAUUCACAAAUGACAUUUUAGAGAUUAGAGUAUAGAUCACAACUUUUGCAUUUAGAUACAGAAAUGUUUUGGGCAAUUUUUUGAUGUUAUAUUUUGUAUGUUGUCUCGUCAUUUAAUACCAUCAUCUGCAACAUAGAAGUACGAUUUAAGAUAUACUUCAACUUAAAACUGUAAAUGGACAGCAAUAGUUUACUUGUACAGGGUCUUCAAAGAAUACUUUUAGAUUUGUUAGUGCAAGGAUAAAUACCUGUCUCUGGAAAAUGUAUUUGUACAUAGACAAAGAUUAAUCCUUAAAGAAAUAAAGAACGUAGAUGUAAAGAAUUGUAAAGCAUUAAUAUUUUAUGAAAAUAAGGCGCAUUCUAUGCUUAAUUUUAAGUGGUUUCUUGGUGUACUACAGAAGGCAUAUUUAUGCUGUAAAUUACCCAGAACAAACAAGCUUUUAAUAAAGUAACUGUUUCACAACUUG